CUAUUUUAUGAAUUAUCUAGAUUCAUAAAAUCUAGUUUUUUCUUAAUUCCGACUAGUUCAUCUAUCACGCAACGUUGAAAGUAAAAGUUUUCUCCAGUCCGCGACAAACGCGUUCUAUGCCACGCUUCAAUUCGAUUCAAAUUUACCCGCGCGUAAUCACGUGACCUCGCAAUCAUUGCGCCGCGCCGCGGCGCAUUGGAGCCAAGUCUUUUCCGGUUUCUUCUCGACCGGCCUUUUCCGUUAACGACGCGCGCGUACCGCCGUUCGAAUCUCGCUCGUCGAAGACUCCGGAUCGCGAAUCGUAUCGAUGGAAUCGCGUUGGCCCGAUUCGUUCCGAUCAUCCGUGUUAGUGUGAGUCUAAACGUGAGUGUUGACGAUUGCAAUACUGAUGAACGCGAGUGUCGAUAGACACAAGUGCCGAUGAACGCGAACGCCAAUGUACGCGAAUGUCGAUGUACGCGAUUGCCAAUAUACGCGAGUGUUGAUGUACGCGAUUACUGAUGGACGCGAGUGCCGAUGAACGCGAGUGCCGAUUACAUUGAACUUUUUGGUCGUCGACUGAAGAACGCCGUUUUCGCGGGACGCCUUGGGAUCCAGUCCAGAAAGUCAGGCAUUUUUGGCGCGAAGAUGAACCGAACGCUGCUGCACGUACGAUGUUUCUUGACUGUCGCGUAGAAGGCGGAAAUUCGUGGGGAGUGUCUCUUGGCAGUUCUCGGAAGGCUUCGAAGGAGAGGGGAACGAAACGGGUAGUCAUCGACGACGGACGUUGCGCCUGUUGCCUGGCACCGUUUCUAACCGGCCGUGGCGUGCGCUGCAGCGAUUGCGGCGCUAGAUCCUGCAGGAAGGCCUGUUCGCGUUGGGAUACGUCCGACAAUGCCUGGCACUGCAUAUUCUGUCAUCAACAAAGAUCGUGGCUGAAGAGGAAUGACAAGUGGUUCGAGAAUUUCGGUGGCACGGCGAAUGAGGAGGAGGAGCUGCACGGCUACUUCGGUGCCGCCAAAUCACAUAUCCACGUUGCAGGACAUGCUGGCGCGAUCUCGAACGUGGAGCAGAUUCAGGAGGAUCGGGAAGAGAGGCGCAUGGUGCACGCGGUGCGAAAUUUUGUCGAGAAGAUAGUCGACGGUCUCGUUGAGAACGUAGACGACACGCCGAUCGAUCGACUCUACGAGGACUCCGAGUACGACAAGUUUCUGGAGGAACAUCGCCCGCCGUUAGCCGCCGCUCUGGCUCGAUUGGCUACCUGCCUGAAAGCGUCGCUUACGAACAAACCAUCUACCGAUCCACCUGCUAUGGCGCAUGCGGCGCUCAGAGAGAUCGUCGAGCGAGCCGUCGAGGAAGCUCGAAAAUUACCAGGAUUGAACGCGUCCGAGGACGCGGAGCAUCCUCGGGAAGGUCGUGCCGUCGCAAAUAAUAGUUAUGAGGAUCUCCUUGCCACCGCGAUACUCAACAAGGUCAUCGAAAAAUACCAAAGGGAACGAAUUGACGGUAACAGUAACGUCCUGAACGACACAGAUUCGCCUAAAGCGAAAUAUACCGCAAACGAGAGCGAGCAUGGUCUUGAGGAAGAUGCGGCGAGUUACGCGUCCGAUCCUCUCGAGUGCAACGGCGGUCAUAGCGCGUCGAUCAGGCAAAAUGAAGAUCGUCGGAAACCGGUGUCCUUCACGAUGGAGGAAAGGAUAGAGGAAGUAACCACGAUCACGUCGGACGAUGACGAACUUCGUGACAACGGCGUCUUGGAAUUCGGAUGCACUCGGCGCGUACCGUUUCCAGAAUACGGAAUGGAUAUCGUUGACCCUCCGCGGGAAUUACCUUCACCAUCGCCAUCAUCGUCAGAUUCUUCGGACUUAAAUCACAACGAAUAUCCGCCGGUCAGGACAAAACGUCACGCCACUGAUCAUACGAUGGAUAUAGUUUCACCCAUCGAGUCUUGGGAGGACAAUUGGCUAUUUCAGAAAAAGAGAAUCUCUCGAUCGCAACCGGAUCCAGUUGCUAUGUUGGUACCGAGCUCUAAUGCGUAUUACAAGGCUCUGAUCGGCGACCGAGAUGCCGAGGACACGUCCGAUCUAUCCGAAUGCUCAUCUACGAAAUCCGAUGAAGAAAUCGAAAAGGAAUUGAUGGAGGCGAUCAACAACGUAAUUCCGAGGACUCCUAGUAUCUCCGAAUGUGACGCGACAAACAAUCAGACAGAAACUAAUCAGGAAGGAGCAAACAUGAUGCAACUCGGAAAAAAUGAAUUCGAUAUUUGCCAAGCGAAAACGAAAACUGAAAAGUACCUAACUGUAAUUGUUCCCGAGCAUUUCGACGAGAGAAAUCAUGAGGAGGGAUUCCUGAAAUCUUCAGAAAUCUCGAAGAACGAAACAGCCAAUCGUGAAGAUGACAAAGGGAAACAAAAUGAAAGUUUAUUUGAGCUGAUAACAGUAGGAAAAGGAGAAGGCGAAGCCAAAGAAAAGCUUAAGGAUACAGCCGAGCGCCGCGGAAGACCGAUCACGAUGGAAAGUUCUAUACAAAAGGAAGUAAAGAUGCAAUCUGAAAAAUCAAGUGAGAGGAACGAUCGAGAGGAAAACGUCACCGACGAAAACGAGGAGCAACGAGAGAGCGAAUAUACUGAGCACUACGACACAGCGAUCCAGAGACACUUAGACAGUUUGACGAAAGUCGAAGUUUACUCUGGAGAGAGCGAGGCGCCUGACGAUACGAGAAAAACGACGGACGAACAGCUGAGAAAAUCGGAGAACAAUUCGACUGAAAAACCAGAAAGCAGUGAACGUUCAGAAGCCGAAGUCCAAUUGUCUUAUGCAACGAUCAAGAAUCACGUCGACAUAACAAGUGAAAAUGAUCCAUUAAGCGCCCCUCCACGACCAGGCACAAUAGCAGAACGUGAGCACAAAAAGUGGGAAAAUGCGCCGCCAAUCGAAAACAAUCCAUACAGCGAGGAGAGCAUUCGAAAGCGAUGUUUGGAGAGGCAAUAUUCGCGAAAUUCGGACAUUUCGGGAACCCAUUACGAAUUAACAAAGCUAAACGAAGUAAAUAUGGAGGCGCUCCUGGCACCCGGUCGACCGGACAUCAAACGAUUCGGCAGGGAUUACUACAUCAACCAAUCGAAGGCGGCCAGUGGAGAACGGCAGGAACGGGCCAGGUCGUCGAUGUCCUCGAUGUCGAGCAGACCGAGCAGCUCGCUGUCCCAACAAUCGAGCUGCGCCGGCGACGAGCAACACGAACGACAGGUGAGUCACGACAAGCUCGAGCAAUUCGAAGCCGCUUCGUUGCGCGGCAGCUUGCCUAGACGAUGCUGCCGCGAUCCCCGCGCCAGUCCGCACUUCGCGAUCAACCCUCUCCUGCAUCUGGAGCCUGCGAGCGAUCGAUCGCGCCACGUCGACGGCGAGCAAACCGAGAAUCUCGUAGGAAACGACGUUCGAAUGAUGUACCUCGAGGAGAGCACGAAAAAUGACGCGAGAGACGAUCGAGGCUCUAAGAAUUCCGCGGAGUCGGAUAUAGAAACGAUAUUUGAAGGAAAAGAGGACAGCUACAUCCUGUCGGAGAGCCUGGAAAUCGGCACGGACUCUGAGCAAUCGGUACCGACGGAUUGGAAUCGGCCUUUGGAUGAUCGCGAGGGUGAAGAGCCGAUAGUUCCGCGAUACGACAAUCGCGCGCGAUCACCGAGCGAUCGGAACGAUCGCGAUCUGGGCGAUCGCGACUCCGGGAUGUGCUCGAUCGGUUCUCGCGACUCGGAGAAUAGUGAGCGCGAACGUUGGCGACGGUUGUAUGGCGGUCGGCUGGCGGAUAACGAUAGUUCCGACAACGGGCAGAUGAUAUCAUCGAUCAGCGGCAGGAGAUUUUUGACUACCAACGGAUACAAAUACAACACGUUUGGUGGCAUCAGGAUCCGGCCGGCGAAGGUGGAGGAUUCCGACGACGAUCUCGAAGACGAAUCGACCUUGCCGGAAGAUCCUUUCGAAGAUCGCAGUCCGGAAUUCGCGAAAUUAAAGUUUCAGACUUUCGGCGGGAUCAAGAGGAGCAGAAGGAUCGACAGCAAGAGAUUGCCAAACUACAGAAGGAUUCGAUUGAGACCGAUCCUACCGGAAGUCGCCACGUCUGCCAUUCCCGAAAACGGUCGCGAUAUAACCGAAACGCAAGGAUCAGCGAAUCUCGAUCUACAUUCUAACGUCGAUUCGGAAAAUUGCGAUCAGCCAGCAAACUUGAAUCGUUCUACGAGUGUCGAGGGAUUUGCUAGCUUCGAGCAUUCGACGAGCUCGACUUUCGAGAGCGACUGGCAGGAUGAGGAAAAUAACGUUACGAACGAUCGGGUAUCCACGGGAUACGGGCAAAUUGGACGCAACAGAAAUCAAACGAGUCCCUUCAAAGUAAGCUCCACGGCGAAACGUAGAAAUCUGAUUCGUAAGAAAAACGUAAAAUCAUCUUCGCUCUGGUCCUUGCCAAAUGAGGACGAUGAGUGGCAAGAUGAGCUCGAUUGUGCCUCCGAUGAAAUUAUAAUGAACAAGUUUUUGAAGGAUGUCUCCAGGAGGCGAAAAGCGAGCGCGUUCAACAAUGAUAACAAUGUCGCGGCUCGAGGAAGAGGAACAAGAUCUGGAAGGAAUCGAGAAGUCCUCGAAGACAGUAACCGCGAAAAGUUAGAGAAAUCGAUAAUUAGGAACACUGAAAGGAAUUUGGAAAGUUCGAAGGAAUCUCGACAAGAAGGGAAAAGUGAUAAUAAGGGACGUGAUGAUAAGGGACGAUGCAAGAAGUUGUACGUGAGAAAUUUGAGCGACGUCACGAUGUGGUGACAAGCAGAAAAGCUGACUUGAAAAUUGAAUUAAAAAAAAAUCGAUACGAGAAAAAGAAUGUAUCGUGCUAUAACUGUAACACGAUUGCCAUGAAGAAAUAUUGCGCUGUAUAGAAAUAUGAAAUGUAUCAAGAGUAUACUAUACAUUAGACAUAUUAUACUACAUAAUCUUGAGAUAUCUUUGCUAUAUCUCAAAGCAAAUUUUUAUUCUAUUUUUCUACAAUUCUUAUGACGAUUGAUAAGAAAAAGUGGGUGACAAAAGGCUUCAAAAUGAAUUAUUUAUUAUAAGACUCAUGGUAUUUCAAAUGAAGAGAAAACGAGAUUGCGAGAUUCUACUUUGAUACGGCGCGAAAGUUAGAAAUUCAGAAUGCAGGCUUCCGCGCGAUAAUUGAUGGAUCCAGCUAAUUAUUGUAAAGAUUCAUUAAUUUAAUAAUUGUUACAAUUGUUAUAUAGUUAAUAUAUUUUGUUUCCGAUGCGAUAAUGUACCUGAUAGUAUGUGAAUGCAUUUGCAUCAAUAUCCUAAGUCUGUGGCCAUGUUUUUUUGAAAUAAGAGUGCCAUGACACGAUACGCUAAUAUAUUAAUGUGUCAUAUAGGUUAACGGUGGAAAGUUCGUAUUUAUACAACGAUAAGUUACAAGUGGUAAAUAAAUACGGGUGCAUAAAAAUUUAA